AUAAUUGAUGGGAACCUCCAUAAAUACUGAACUUGGUAGCCACAAAAAUGUACUUCUCCAUCAGCAAAUUUUCUUGAGAACUCAAACUCAAUCAAAUGGGAAAACAAGCUGUUGUAUUGAGCCUGGUAGCCCUGUCUUGCGUCUUGCUUGCACGUGCUUUCGAGCCUAGUCCAUUGCAGGACUUCUGCGUUGCAGAUGCCACCAGUUCAGUGAAAGUGAACGGACAGGCCUGUAAGAGCCCUGCAUCAGUUGUAGCCAAUGACUUCUCCUUCACUGGGCUGCACCUCCCUGGAAACACAUCGAACCCCAAUGGCUCCAAGGUCACUCCAGUCAGUGUCACCCAGGUGCCCGGCCUCAACACUCUUGGAAUCUCUAUGGUCCGUAUCGACUACGCGCCGUGGGGAAUCAACCCACCCCACACCCACCCCCGAGCCACCGAGAUCCUGACGGUGGUCGAGGGCAGUCUCCUGGUGGGGUUCGUGACCUCGAACCCUGACAAUAGGCUGAUCACGAAGACACUGGUGAAGGGCGACGUGUUCGUGUUUCCGGUGGGACUCGUUCACUUUCAGAAAAAUGCUGGAACUGGGAAUGCCGUCGCCAUUGCCGCGCUGAGCAGCCAGAAUCCGGGGGUGAUCACCAUUGCAAACGCUGUUCUUGCAUCGAAGCCCAGUAUUGGAGUUGAUGUCCUCGCCAAGGCAUUCCAGGUGGAUAAGAGCGUCGUGUAUCAUCUCCAGCAGAACUUCUAGCAAAUUUCUUCAUCUCCUCCAAAGAUCCUUCCAUUUUUUUUUUUUUUUCUGUGUUUUAGUGUUUCUCGUUGUUCGAUUUCAUGUAACGUUGGUUUCAAAAUGAAUUAAAGAAACAUUUCAAGAACAAUGUUUAUCACGUAAAGGGCAUUUGGUCUAGUGGUAUGAUUCUCGCUUAGGGUGCGAGAG